AAAAAAGACGAGUUUCCACUCGCUCAGGCCUCAAUAAAUACCCCUCAACCAUAAGUCCAUGAGCCCUCCCUCACUCUCUCUGUUCUCUAAUCACGCUCAUCCUUCAUUGUUGAAAAAAAGAAAAGAUCUUGAAGAGAUCCUUUUCGAAGAGAAAUGGCGAUGAAGAAAGCAAACAAGCUAACGCAAACGGCGAUGAUUAAGCAAAUCUUGAAGAGGUGCUCGAGCUUGGGGAAGAAACAGAGCAAUGUAUACAGUGAAGACGAAAACGGAUCUCCUCUUGACGUGCCUAAAGGCCACUUCGUCGUCUACGUAGGAGAGAAUCGGGUCAGGUACGUUGUGCCCAUUUCGUUUUUGACCCGACCCGAGUUUCAGCUUCUUCUCCAGCAAGCAGAGGAAGAGUUUGGCUUUGAUCAUGACAUGGGUCUCACUAUCCCUUGUGAAGAAGUCGUUUUCCGAUCUCUCACCACCUCCAUGCUCCGAUGAACAUAUAUCUUUUUUUUUUUAGGGUUUUUUUAGUUAAUAUAUUUUGGAGAUUUGAGAUGUUUUUAGGGGAAACAGAGGAAGCUGCUGAGUAAAUGCUUCUCUGUUUUUAGCAAAACUUAGUUAUGUUUUUGGUUAAUAUGGGUUUAGUAGUUGUAUUAGAGUGAGACUAACCCUUAGAAAAAACAAACCUAAAUGAGAAUGAUUACUAUUAGGUUCUCUUCUCAGAUUUACUCUCUCAUGGUGGUGUGGUUUGUUCAAUGUUGUACCCUGUGAGAGACUUCUUUUUAAUAUUUGAUGAAUGAGAGACUUUUAUUAUUAUCAGCUUAAGGCUUUGGUUUUUUUUUAUUUACUUGAUGUGAUUUUCUUUCUACAUCUUGUUGUUGUAAACAAGUUGUGAAUACGUGA